AUGGCUGUUCGAGAGACUAAAAAAACCGUUGCCGUCAUCGGCUCCGGAAUGGCAGGGUUGGUGACGGCGUACAUUGUUCAGCACGACCGUAAACAGAGAUAUAAGGUGGAAAUAUUUGAAAUGCAAGACCAAUUGUCUCUAGAUUCGGCCUCGUACUCUAUAACACCUGGUAAUGAUCACACUACAUCGUCAUAUCGUGUUGAUAUACCAAUGCGCGCAUUCGAUGAUGGCUAUCACAUCAACUUGAAGCGGAUGUAUGACCAUUUUGAUAUCAAAUAUACAUCAACCAAGUUCAUAUAUCCAAUGUCCACGGUUUCCAUCAAUGAGGGAAAGAAGAUGUCUCCCCAUUUCAUACACUCAUCCAGCAAUCACCAAGUACCGCCUAUCCGACCAGAGGAUUGCGGCUACGUGGAAUGGAUAUUACGGACGCUGUAUCUGGCCGUGUGCUAUUUUUGGUUCACGGCCUGCUGUUUCUUCCUCAACCCCAGGCCAGCCACCGUCUCCAAUGAGGGUGAAUCGCUUCGACAAUAUCUUGACCGAAUCCGAUUGCCCCGUUACUUCAGCAAGAACUAUCUACUGCCGCUAAUGUCAAGCGUAGCAACUUGCUCCCACGAUGAGCUUCUUGAGUUUCCGGCAAUUGAUGCUGUUGACUACGCGAGGAGAACCUAUCGUCAGCCACAUUAUACAGUUAUUGGAGGCGUUCAGAAUGUCCAGACCAAAAUUGCGAGCAAGCAAUCUGUAACAUUCGGUGCAAUGGUCACUGGAGCCAAAAGCGUUGGCUCCAAAGUCCAGGUCACAUGGACCAACUUGAAAAGCAAGGAGGUUCAUUCUAGGCUAUUCGAUCACGUCGUAUUGGCGGUUCCCCCGAACGUGGUCAGCGCUAUAUACGAGCCUCUACGGGAUGUCCUAAGUUCGAUACCUGUGAUUCAUGGCGAGUCGGUUAUCCACCGCGAUAGAUCCACUGUCCCACGUUACGGUCAGUCGCUAAGGAGCAGGUUUUCUACAAAAGCCCAGCAAUCUCUUGACCCAACUCAAAUACUCCAUAUCUGCUCCAAUUCGUUCGCGACAGAGUCGAUACAUGAGCAUCCCGAUUCAGUCCUAGUAACGAGUUUUCCAAUCACGCCAAUAGAUCCAGCCAAGGUUAUCCAUCGCGUGCGGCUAACCCGCGUUCUACGAACGCCGAAGAGCAGGAAGGUAGUCAACCAGAUAUUUUCAGGAAAGUUCGAGUUUGCGUCCCCAGAAAAGGCAAAGAUCUGGCACAACGGAGUUGGAAAUGUCUGGCUCGCCGGCGCUUGGUGCUGGGACGGAAUGGUACUGCUUGAGGGAUGCGUUGUAUCCGCCAUGAGAGUUGCGGCCGGCUUGGAUGUUGACAUUCCAUGGCUGACGAGGAAAUAA